AUGGAAUUAAUUAUUCUUAAAACUUAAGAAUGUGCUAAGGUUAUUGAAAAUAAGUGGAAUAGAGCUGCACCAAUCAUUUACAUCUUGAUUGGAACAUUUCUUAUUUCAAUAAAUUCUCUUCUUGGAAAAACAGUUGGAAUGAAUGCUAAUUAAAUUGUUUAUGUUAGAGGAAUAGUUAUGUGUUUAUUGGGGUAAGUUAUAGCAAAUAUUUCAAAAGUGGAUCUCUAUGGAUUUUAAAGAGAUGUCUAUACCAAAUUAUUUUAAAGAAGUAUUAUUGGAUGUUUUGCAACUCUACUUUUUUACACUGGUCUUAGAUAUGUUAAUAUUGCUGAAGCAUAAGUACUUUUAUAAACUUCUCCUUUUUGGACAACAUUAAUAGCCAUAUAUUAUCUAAAAACUGAAACUUUAUCAUGGAAAUUAUUUACAAAUUUAAUAGUAUGUUUUAUAGGGAUUAUUUUUAUAACUCAGCCUCCUUUUUUAAAAACACUUCUUGGUUAAAGUGUUGAUAUUAUUAAAAAUUCUGAAACAUAAUUUUUUGGAUGUAUUUUAUUAUUAUUUUCUGCUUUCUUCUUUUCAUUGGUUUAGGUAUUAAUUAAUAAUUUAUCAAAUAAAGUAUUAUAAUCAAUUAUUAUUUUUAGGUAAAUCAAUUAGUAAUACCAUAAUAUUUUGGAAUCACUUCUUUAAUUAUUUCAUCAAUAGUUUGCAUAAUUGAUCCAAGCCUUAUUUGGAGAAAUCCAUCUUUAAUUGAGGCUAUUUUAUUACUAUUACUUGGUUUAGUUUCUUAUUUGUAAUAAAUCUUUCUUAAUCGUGCAUAUAUGAAGGGAGAUUUAACUGAAAUGUCUAUGUUGGGUUAAACAUAAAUCUUAUAUGGAUAUAUAUUUGAUAUACUUAGAGGGGCUCAUAUAUCUUAUUUAAGUGUUUUAGGAUCUAUAUUGAUAGUAGGAGCUUUAUUUAAAGUUAUUAUGGAUAAGAAAAAAUAAAGAGAGAAGUUAUAAAAGGAAUUACCAAAAUGAC